GGAGGUAUUAGUAGACCAAUUCUAAAGAAUUGAAAAUAUAAUCCUACAUCCUAAGAAUUGCUUAGAAUUCUAACAUGCAAAUUACUUGACAUAAGUUUAUUGUUUGAACAAAUGGACUUCAAUGUUCAAAAUUUUCCAUUUCACUUAAAGUACUUGACAAAUAUUUAUCUUCAUCAUAAUUUUAAGACUAAUUUAUGCAAAUAAACGUUCACAGAAAACAAAAACGUUCACGUAAAGACAGUCGUAAACAAAAUCACCUCACGACGGAUCGAAACCACGACUAAAUGCUUAUCUUAUGUCUCAUAGAGCCAUCCAUUCCUACAUACCUACUCCAGGAAUCUGGAGAAAGUGCCCAACCGCCCAAUAUCUCACACACGACAACUUAUAACCUUCACGUAGACAAAAAAAUCGAACGUGAAUUCCGAAUAUACAUAAAUAUUAAUAAAAAAAAGUAUGCCACGCACUUUUGCAUAGUAUCGUCAAGUUUCCGUAUGGGAUAUAUGACAUUAAAAUGUAAAUUUGGUAAACAGUCGAGUGGGGGGAUUAAGAUAAAAAAUACUGAUUCAAUCGAAUGAUCAUCACAGUUCGAACGAUCUUGGAUUAGUCGAGUCCAACGCAGCAGCAAGAUGAAGACCUUUAUAGUGGUUUUAAGUGUUGUGGCAUACGUGUCCAGUGUCCCCGUCAGUUCUGAAGAGUCAGUGCUUCAUGCCAUCAUUGGGAAUUUGGCUAACUGUAACAGUGAUUUGAGCCUGUGCCUGAAGGAACAAGCACUCAAAGUGAGUGACAAACUCAGCGCUGCUCGCAAACUCAAGCUUUUCGAUGGAAUCACCCUUCUGAACAACAACCCUAAAGAAGCCAGGAGUCUGGAAGACUUAUCUGAAGACCCUGCUUUGAGGAAAAAACAAGUUUCCGAGAAGCUUUGGGAAAGGAGCUCGGCUCUCCUCCAGUCCACUGAAUUGGAACUCAGCUACGCUGGUGCUGAUGAUGAGGAACAGGAAUCCAGGUCUAUCAACGAUGAAGUUGAAGAAAGCCGUGGCAAGAAGAAGAAGCAGAUCAAGAAGAAGUUGAAGAUGCUCAUCCCCCUUCUCCUCCUCGCUAAGGCUAAAGCCGUCGCCAUCGUUGUCGCUGCCAUCGUCGUGAUCGCUGCUUCCCUCUUCAAGAUUGCUUUGAUCGCCAAAAUCGCCUUCCUCAUCAAGCUCUUCACUAUCAUCAAGAGCCUUCUGGCUAAGAAGUCUCAGGAAGAGUCCAGCUGGGAGCCUCAUGGUUAUGAAUCCCAUGAGCAUCACGUGGCUGUCCCUGCCCAGCACUCCCAGGGCUGGGACGGUGGCUGGUCCCGCUCCAAGAACGAAGCCAACAGCUUGGCUUACUCCGCUUACGCUAACUAAGCUGGUUACCAAAUAUUUUUCUUAAACCUCAUAGUCGAAAGUCUACUCAGACGCUUCUCUAUUUCAAGUAACGAUCAAAUACCGAAAUUGCAAUCAGAUUUAAUUCGCGUUUAAAUCUCAUUCUGUCUCUAUCUUUUUUUACUGCGAAGACGAGACGGACAGACUUUUCAGAACCUCUUUAACUGAUGUUUAGUUUGAGUAGAUGAUAAAUGAAUCAAGUAUGAAUGUAUUUAAGUGUAAAUGAUCUUCGCUCUUCUUUUUUUUUUGUUUUUCUUUUCAGUCACUUUAUGUUUUUCUUUUAUUCAUAUUAAUUUGGCUGAAAAGGAACUUCGUUAUGUAUGUGUGAUAGUAUUAUUAGUUAUUUUUUUUAUUUUAUUAAUAUAAUAUGUAUACGGGUAUUUAUACGUAUAUUUAUUAGUAUUUAAAAGUAUGUACCAACGUACUUAUAUUUCCUACCAAAAA